AUGGGCGGUAGCCGCGGCGGGCUGGCGGGGCAGCUGGGCGGGCUGCUGCGGGCGCAGCCCCGCGCCUCCCUCGGCCUCCCCAUGCUGCUGCUCGGCACCUACUUCUUCUACUGCCUGACGGGCUCCUGCGAGCCGCUGCCGCCCGCCGCCCGCCAGCUGCGCCCGCCGCCCCGCGACCCCGCCGGGGACCGGCCCGAGGAGCCGGCGGCGGCCGGGGGCCGGGCCGGGCCGGGCAGCCGGCGCUUCCCGCAGGCCAUCAUCGUGGGGGUGAAGAAGGGCGGCACCCGGGCGCUGCUGGAGUUCCUGCGGGCGCACCCCGCCGUGCGCGCCCUGGGCGCCGAGCCCCACUUCUUCGACCGCGGCUACGAGAAGGGGCUGCGCUGGUACAGGAACCUGAUGCCACGGACUGUAGAGGGGCAGAUCACGAUGGAGAAAACCCCGAGUUACUUUGUGACCAAGGAGGCCCCCAAACGUAUUUACAACAUGUCCAGGGAAACCAAGCUGAUUGUGGUAGUGAGGAACCCAGUCACCAGGGCCAUCUCGGACUACACACAGACACUGUCCAAAAACCCCACCAUCCCCAGCUUCCAGGCUCUGGCCUUCAAGAAUGUCAGCACGGGCCUCAUCGACACCACCUGGAGUGCAGUGCGGAUCGGCAUCUACGCCAAGCACCUGGACAACUGGCUGCAGUACUUCCCCCUUUCGAAAUUCCUCUUUGUCAGCGGGGAAAGACUCGUGAGUGACCCGGCUGGGGAGAUGGGCCGAGUGCAAGACUUUUUGGGUCUCAAGAGAGUCGUGACGGACAAACACUUCUAUUUCAAUGAGACCAAGGGCUUCCCUUGCCUUAAGAAGCCCGAAGGCAGCAGCCGGCCCCGCUGUUUGGGGAAGUCCAAAGGGCGACCUCAUCCAAAAAUCCACGGGCAAGUGAUCCAGCGUCUGCAGGAGUUUUACAGACCCUUCAACAUGAAGUUCUAUCAGAUGACUGGGCAGGACUUUGGGUGGGACUGAGAUCUCACCAGGCCAAUGGCUUUCUAAGCCACAGUGGAGAGAGGACAACUAGUCCCCUUAGCAGACCUACAGGGCCUUUGGCACAUUGUGUGCCAAACUGCCCAGGGACUCUAGCAUAGGUGUGUCCAAGGCAAACUUUUGGAAGACACUUCCCAUGUUCUAAUUUAUAACGGACCUGUUCCUGGAAAGAAAUGUACACUUACUGACUAGAGAGAAAUAUUUAAGAAAGAAAAACAAACAAAAAAACCCCAACCCCAGAUCAGAUUAAAUAUUCUUCCAUAUAAAUCUUGUUAAUCUAUGUUAACCAGAACGGUUUUCAGAUGGUGAGAGCGUGCGUGUGCGUGUGUGUGUGUGUGUGUGUGUGUGCGUGCGCACACAGUGACAAAGGCACUAAGAUUCACAAUAAAGCUUUGCAAAUCAGAGUUGGCCUCCUAAUGCUGCUCUUUCUCUGACCAUACUGAAAGUGCUGUAAUAUUCACCAUCAGCCAUCCCGACCCUUUUAAUUAGCAGGUGAAAGGGCCCCAGACACCAGUGCUGUGUUGAGGUCUUGGAUGCCUUCCUUGCAAAGGGACACUGUAAAGAUAAUAACUGCAGCCAGGUUUGAAGCUGCUGUACAGCAAUGUAGGUCCAUUGACUUCAAAGGAGCUAGGUUGGUUUACAACAGCUGAGGGUCUGGCCUGGUAUAUUAAAAACACUAAUGACUUAUGAUGAUAAUAUGUUAGGAGACUGAUCUUGCUCCUCCCAUUGGAAUCAAUGGAAUUUUGGUCAUUGACUUUAUUGAGGCCAGUAGCAUGCCCCAGUUUAAAAAAAAAAUCUUAUUUCUCUAUUACUUUUUAUGCUAUUUGUUUUUCUUUUUGUGCUUUACUCAGUUGGGCCAGUGAAUUUUGGCCUAGAUCCUCAAAGGCACCUAACUCCCCUCAACAUACCUUUGAUGAUCUGGGCCUUUGUGUUUCUAGUAAAUUUCACUUUCCAGUACCUACGCCCUGCAAGUUUGGUUUUCUGUUUCCCAUGCUUCAAGAGGACAUAGAUGCCUUCCUCUUCCCAAAGCUCUUUUUCCUUAAAAUGUAUAAUAAAUAAAAUAAAAUGUUCUGUUUAUUAGAGUUUUGUAAAAGCCCUUUUAAAAAAGACUAUCUGAAUUUUGGACCUAAGUCAUGUUUGGUGUCCUUAGAAACAGUUACCUGGUUUGAUAGUUUCGGUCAGAUCUGCAAAAAAACAGGACACAAUGAAUCUACAAAAUACAAACUGUCUGUGGGUGAUUUAUUGUUAUUUAAAGGCUUCUGCGUCAGAAGUCAGUGGGAGUUUUGACACGGACUUCAGUGAGGGCAGAAUUGUGUCUUAAAUGCACAGGGUAGAAUGUUGGCCCUCUCUGAAGUUAACGGCAAAAGUCCCAUUGACUUCAGUUGUCCAGGAUUUUACCCACAGUUCUUUUCUGGCUAAACUGUUUGCAUUAAAAAUUCUAUUCUGGUGUGGUUUCAGGAACAUACAAUACUGACAACUCUGGGCAAAAAAAAGUAGAAAAAUCUCCCGUUCUUAAUUGUGACAAAAGUUGCAGCUCUACAAAAUUGUUAUAAAAAUUUACUAGGCCACACCACAAAAUCUGCUUGCCAGCUCUUUUCCCCAGGAGAAUACAAAAUUAUUGGUACUUUGUCAGUCCAAAUAUUUGUCCUCAUGGGUGGUCAAGUAGCAUAUGACAAGGUUGGACAGAAGAACUGUAAAUUGGCAAAGUUUGAAAUAAAAGGAAAUAUUAAUUCUGUCCCUAAUAAGCAAAAUCGUCUUAAGCACAUAGUCAGCUUUAAAUUGGUACUUGCAUCUAAUUGACCUCAAUGGGAGUUAAGCACUUGCUUAAAGCUUAGCAGGUGGUUAAAUGCUUUGUUGAAUCAGGGCCUUAACAGCUGAGUCCAAACACUCAUUGAAUAGAAUGGGACCACUCACGUGCUUAAAGCUUAGACACAUGCUCAAGUACCUUGCAGGAUUGGGUCCCUGUUUUCAGAAUGGCACUUUGAUCAUUUUCUCUUUCCCAUUUUGCAGCUGGCUCUGCAUCUCUCAUGUUGAUUUUUAUUGAGGCGAGCUUCCUUUCUGAGAUUGGGCAGUGACUGGCAUUUGAUACAUCUGGUCGAACAGCAAAUCCAGAGAAUGGUGUAUUUUUCCUGAUUUAAAUAGUCUGAAAGAAUAAAAACAAAUAGCGGCAGUAGUUCUGAAUAUAUUCCAGAUCCGGUUGCAUUGUGUAUCACAUGCAACACAGGUGAUAAAGUUGGAGACCUCCAAGAGUAAGGACAAAUAUUCUCCCCUCCCAGGAACAAUUUUGCCAAAGAACAUAUAGCAAAAAAAAGUCUAACCUUUAGCCCAAUGCCUACCAAUCGGUUUCCAGAUUUGCAGCCACAAAGGGCAGUCAUGGGAGGCCGGUGGAAUGAGUUUCAAGUUUUCUCAUAAUUAAAGAGGGGCAAAAAACACUUUGUUAACCUUUAUAAUCUUAUUAGUGACUUGUUUGUCUUUUUAAGUAGUUCAUUACAUGGUUUUGGAGGGCCCCAAGGCCCUGCAUGGUUUUGUUCUAUGUGAUAGAUCCAUUUGAUUCCGGUACAACAUAGUCUCAGUGCUGGCUAUCCUGUAAGGCGUAGGGUUGACUUGCUGUUUGUUGUCACAAGCCACUGGUUGCAAACCAUCCCGGCUGCAUUGUUAAACAAAAAUAUUAAACUCUUUCAGGUAGCCCAUGUUUUCCUUGACAAAUACAAUGUAAGCAAAGAGCCUCUGCCCUUUCCAGUGUGUCCCUUAGUGUUCCAGUCAUUCUCCAGAUUGAUUUUGCAUCUGGCAUUUUACAUGGGGUGUUUUUAGUUGGUUUGCAAUACAAGUCAUUAAAGCUUCUCCCACUUCUUUGCUUUUUCUACAAUAAGAGGCUCCCCUUUGUUCUUCAUCCUCUUCAGUGUGGCAUUUCUUUUCUAUGGGUGGCACUUAAAGCCUCUAAACUCACAGCUAACGGUCAGCGCUUUAGUCUGUUUCAGACAGGAGGCCAAUCUGUUUACUGCUGCAACAAACGAUGCUCAAAAUGAUGCAACUCAAUGUCAGGUCUAAGUUGAACACAAACAUCUCAGCUAUUUGUAUAUUGAGAGAUGGAGAGAGAAACAUGAAUUUUUUUUGGUAUACCUUGGAAAUAGACAUGACUUCUAAUUUGCAUUGUCUUUGCCCUGCUUUAAAUUCCUGUCAGUUUCUAAAGCCAAUGUAGCAGCAUUGUACCUGGUUAAGAUGCUGUGGUAGGUUAAACAACAAAGAAAAUCUGAAUUAAUUUUGUGCGGCGCUUGAAAGGCUAGAUCCCCACCUGGGGUAAAUCAUAGCAGUUCCAUUGAUUUCAGUGGAACUACAGUGAUUUCAGGCCAGCUGAGGAUAUGGUCCUGAAGAGACAAUUGAAGCAGAGAGAGGUUCAGGCUACACGUAAAUGGCAUCUUCCCCCAUUUCCGUAGCUUUUCCUGUGAAGUAAUUCUACAGCUUCAUAUAGUUGGUUUUGUCCAGCUUUGUACAAACCACAGAGGAAUCUCUCUCUUCUCCCCUCAUACCCUACCCCCACCCCUUUGAAAAUUCAUGCCAAAAUGAGGCCUGAUCCCAGGUGCUGCUGAGCACCCUCUAGCCAGGGGGAAAUGAGUGUGCUCAGCCCCAACAGCAGGUGCCCAGCACCUCAUAAAAUUGCCCUCCCCCAAGUGUGCAAAUCCUGCCAAGGUGAGCGGUCCGAGGAAAUGGAAAUGCCCUCUCCACCAACCCGCUUAGGGUUGGAUGUCAGAGUGCUGGAGCCUGUUGUCACUUUCGCUGGCAGCGCCACAUGAUGGACUGCACUUUGCUUGUUUAGGUUUUGUUUCCAGCCAUGACAUUCGACCAAAUUAUUCUCCACGAAGGGCUUUAAAGUUUCCCAAGUGCCUGUGAAAGCCUAGAAAUGCUGAUAGUGAUCCUAUUUCUCAGCUGAGUGGCUACAUUCAGCCAGAGCCAUAUUGAUAUGCAAAACGUUAAGGGCCCCGGGUCUAAAGAUGGUUUCUGUCUGCCUUGUGAAAGGGGGCCAUACUUUUUUAAAGCCUAGGCCUUUCUAAAGCUGCACAAUACCAUAUAGACUAUGCCAUUUAAAGCAUCCGAAGCAACCCAAAACGUAUUGAAAGCUUGCUUUGCAAACUCAUUAAGACUACUCAAUAGGUUCUGGCAAAUACCGUGCCAGGGCUGACCACAUGGAUUAAGACUUUUGAAGUGAUACACAAACCCCCUGCUUAAACUAAUUGCUGCCCCAUGGCUCAUGAGGUCAAGUAUUUGUAUUCAUUGCAUUCGAGAGGAGCCAUUUGUGGGGCUGUCCAGGUGAAGUCUGCACUUCAUUAGACCAGGACAAUAAGCUGGAAGUUCCGCGUAGGAAGGGGAAAGGUAACCAAGAUGGAAAUCUCAUGGAUCUCUCAAAAGAGAAUCAUUGAAUACAAACAAACUUAUGUCCACUGCUGCAGGGUUUUUCAAUGAAAGAGUUCCCACAUGGAAUAGUGGCUUUGCAAUCUAAUAUACUAAAUGCGGGGAGGUAGCCUUGCCAAAUGCUUCAUUACGAUCUUUGUUGUGCUACUCUAAAAUGGCCAGUUCAAUUAAAAGGGAAUGUAACUUUAAUUAUAUAUAUCAGUCCAGUGUGUACAAAUCUCUGUCGUUUUGGUUCGUACACAAUGCUGCAGUUUUUUGUUACUGCCACCCCCUGGGAGUUACUUUGAAACCUAUUACUUGAAUCCUAUGAAUUUUGUUACAGGUAUACUGAAAGAAAAAUUGCAAAGCUGACUGAGAUCAGAGAAAAUCCACUGACAUUUCAUUUUCUUUGCCUUCAGCCCUAGAUGUGUUUGCUGGGCAGCAAAAUUUCAUCCUUGCCUAUGACACUGUGGGGAUGUAUCUUCCAUAUCCUGCGUUUAAACUUUCACAAUGAAUUGAACAUUAAUAAAUAGGCCUGAUUUGUCCUAAAAUGUUGGUCUUCCUGUUUUGGGUAGGGAACUUACCUCAUCAGUAAGGAAAGAAAAGCAGCAGCAAGAGGCAGAAUUGGCAUCCAAGUGAUGGUGAAUUAGAGAGGAGAUUGGAUAGUGAAUGCUCUACUUUAUAUCACCGGGGCUGCUUGAAAUUCAACUUUAUCUCUUAAGAGUUCUCCAUUGAAACAUAUUGAAAAAUGCCACCACAAUCUUAGCAAAUUGCUGCCAUCAGUUAAACUGUUCCAAAGGCAACAUUAUCCUGUGACAACACUAAAGCAUUGUGCCCAGCAUGAGAAGCAUAACGUGCUUCAAACAUCCAUCAAGUUGUAUGGCUAGCAUUUCAAUUUAUGCAGAAUCAUUAGCCUAUGAUAACCCUUAAAGCCAGAGGAAUUCCAAAUGAUUCACUUCUGUUUGCCAUCAGUGGACAGUUAACGACGGCUGGUGAAAACAAGAUGCAAAGUCUACAUUGGGCUGGUAGAAUCAAAUCCAUUGAUUGAGCAGUGGUCACUUUUGUGACGCAUUGUUCCCCAGUUACAAGUGGGUUCCUUUCAGCGACAGAAUGGGGAACCCAUCAUGUGUUAACACGUGCCUCGUAUAUAUCCUAGAAGAAAUGGCCUUUGUCGUCACUUGCUAAUGGGCCUAAUUAAAAAAGAAAAUUUAGAAAAAUUAGGGGCGAGAUUUUCUAAAGAUUUCAGCCAGCUUUUUCAUUAAGGCACAACGUACUGUAGUUCCCAUUCCUCCCAAUGGGAGCUAAUGAGUGCUGAGAACUUUUG